AUGCCCGACCGAACUGUAGCUGCGCUCGGCUCGGCGAUCGUCCCGAGGCCGAUCGGCCGACGCUGCGCGGCGCGCCGGGGCCGCCGCGGAGCCCAGAUGCGGCCGUGCUGCCCGCUGGCGCGCCACAGGAACAAGGAGCAGCGGCAUGCAGAGCAGGACGCUGUUUUGUAUCAAGAUUGUGCUGUCGAUCGCAACUCUUGCUCUGCAUCUUGCCACUGCUGGAGGCGCCUUCAGUGCGCAGCAGAGAGCGCCACCAUGCCGGAGGUCAUGUCAAUCGUGAAAACUCCCAAGGAGGCGUUCCAGGGCAUGGUGGACAAGGGCGUUGGGAUGGGCGGCGACUCGUCCAUCAAGAUCUUCCACCAAUCCUUCUAUGCUGGUUGCUACAUUGGCUUCGGUGGCAUGCUGUCGAUGGUGGUGGCUGGCGGUCUGAAAAGCGCAGCCGAGGACAAUCCGACCAUUCAGACCUUUGUGUUCGCUGCGCUCUUCCCUGUGAACCUGCUGCUCAUCCUCCUCACAGGUGGGGUGCUGAUCACGGGCACUGCGGCGACCGUGCCUGCCGCGGUGUUUGAAGGCAAGCUGCCCCCUGUGCAGAUCGCGAGGACGUUUGCGCUGGCUUGGCUGGGCAAUCUGCUUGGCGCCUUGCUCUUCGCUGGCUUUGUCACGGCCUGUAACUUGAACGUGGGCCUGACUAGUGAGCUUGCGAUCAAGGUGGCGGAGAAGAAGAUCAAGGAGAACUUUGGGGUCACCUUCCUCAAGGGAAUCGGCUGCAACUGGCUGGUGUGCAUGGCUGUGUUCCUGCAGGGCCAAGCACAGGACAUGGUUGGCAAGAUGGUGGGCAUCUGGUUCCCCAUCUCUUGCUUCGUGGCCAUCGGCUUCGAGCAUAUCCCAGCCAACAUGUUCAUGAUCCCCAUGGGGAUGAUGGCCGGCGCCGACGUGUCCGUGCUAGAUUGCCUUUGGAGGAAUUUCAUCCCAGUGACCCUCGGGAACAUCUUUGCAGGUUCCAUCUUCGUUGGCGGUGGCUACUCUUUCGCCUUCGGCAGGCUAGGCAGCUCGCCGAUGUUCAACAUGCCCACGAAGGAGCAGGGUCCAUCCAAGGAGCAGCAGGCCACUGGCAACGCGGUCGAGGUUCCACCUGAGGCCGCUUCAGCUGUCGGCAGCCGACAGAUUUUCGGAGUUGACGUCCUCUCACCGACGCCCAGGCACCGCUAG